GCCGUCCAACGCAACACUCAAAUCUCAAAUCCCCAUCGCCAAACCUCUCCGCACCAGCACACUCUCGCCUUCUCAAAUCCCACAUCGCGCCAAAUCUCAAAUCCCUCUAGCCGCCAUGGACGCCUCAGCCACCGGCGCCGUCUCCAAGGCGAAGAAGUACGUGGUGGGGCGCAAGCUUGGCGGCGGCCCCAGGAAGAAGGCGGUGGCGCGGUCCGUCAAGGCCGGGCUGCAGUUCCCCGUCGGCCGCAUCGGCCGCUUCCUCAAGAAGGGCCGUUACGCGCAGCGCGUCGGCAUGGGCGCCCCCGUCUACCUCGCCUCCGUCCUCGAGUACCUCGCCGCCGAGCUGCUCGAGCUCGCCGGGAACGCCGCCAAGGACAACAAGAAGUCCCGCAUCAUCCCGCGCCACCUGCUGCUUGCCAUCCGGAACGACCAGGAGCUCGGCAAGCUGCUCGCCGGCGUCACCAUCGCGCACGGCGGCGUGCUGCCCAACAUCAACCCCGUGCUGCUCCCCAAGAAGACGGCCGAGAAGGAGCCCAAGUCGCCCAAGAAGGCCGCCAAGUCCCCCAAGAAGGCUUAGUCGAUUACUGUCUAGUGACUCUCCAUAGAAUUAGUGUUCGCUGUCUGGAUAAUCGUGUCGAUAUAGUAAUGUUCUGUUCUGCUUUGAUAAAAAGAAUGUCAGCAAUCUCUUUGACUCUGCAAAUUAUUUGUUCUGUUGUCUGUCUGUUCCUGUUCGUGAUUUUGCAAUGCCAUCGACUUUUACAGUUAGGUGGGAUAUAUGGUACUCCUGAUUGUAUUUAGUGCUCA